AUGCCGCCCCCGCCUCAAAUGCAAGGUAUUCCAGGCGCCGAGCCGACCGUCUUCCAAAAGAUCAAAAUGGGAGUAAUGACCGGAACACUAGUCGGCUUGACUAUCGGCUUCAUCGGGGGAUCGAUUCAAAUCUUACGUGCUGGACCUGGACCGAGAGGAGCAUUGGGAACAUUGAGUCAGUUCAUGUUGAGUUCGGCGGCAACGUUCGGGUUCUUCAUGUCCAUCGGUACUGUGCUCAGGACGGAAGGGAUUGAAGCAAACCCCUACUUGACACCAAGUCAGAGGCGGGUGGCGUUGCAACAACAGGAGAAGAUGAUCGAGGCUGCGAGGAGGGGGGAGAUUGAGGUUGAGGAGCCAAAGUUGAGGAAAAGGUGA